AUGAAGCAAUUAAUUAGUUACAUCAUUCCCGACUUUCAGACUGUGCAAUAUUUCAUCAAGGAUUUCGAAGCAAACAACGAGUUUUAUUUACUUGAAGAGACCACAAGACUGGGGUUCGACAUUUACUUGGUUGAAAAAUGGGCUCUUAGUCGUAAAAUCACUUGUGUGGCCAGUACCUACACUGGUAACUCAGAACUGGAGAAUAAGGUGCUUAAAUUAACUAUAAUCAAGAAACAGAGUCGUUUCUACCCUUUGAAAUUCCAGGAAUAUUUGAAUGAACUAUUAAUCAACAAAAAUAAGGUGACAAGACUUUGUGGAGCUGAUGGAGUUACCAAGUCUACUUCACCAAUAAAUAACACUGGAUUUGAACCGUGCAUAAAUGACAAGGUUCAAACAAAUGAAGAGGUCUUAUUUAUAACAAACAUUACCGAGCUUCCAUCAGACUUGAAUGUUAUCCCUAUUCCUCAAGGUGAUGCCAGAUUGGUUUAUUCAUCCUUUAUUAUAAAUUCAAACCUCAAACGGUUACAAUGUUCAGGUAGGUCCAACUCAUUGAUCAAUGACAAAGUGUCUGAUUCCAAUGAAAACAAAUUUAGAACCAUUUAUCGUAUUUAUAACUCACCAAUUAAAUUCGCCAUAAUGGAAUUGGUGAAUUUGGUUCAAAUAUCUCUUUUCUACUUUGAUCUUUUGGAUCUUAAAUAUUGUGAUGGAUUGCUUUGUGAUAAAACAGAAGAAGCUCUUGUGACUUGGUGGAAUUUGAUUGGCUUGCCCCAUUUCAGUUAUAAACCUAAUGUGAAAAAGAAUGGUAUUUUACCCAAUAAAUCUGUUAGUGGGAUAAUUUCCUUGAUUGUGCUGAUCAAACUUCGGUUGAUGAUCUUUGGUGGAUGUGAUGUUCCCGGGGAUCCAUUUGACUAUGAAAACUUUAUGAUUUCCAUUGGCCAAUUCCAAAGACAAGUCAAGUUGAAGAAGAAGAGAAAGUUAAGUCUAGAGACACUUUCCAAAUUGUUCACCAUAACAAAUGCCAAAUUAUCAUCAACAAACUCCCAUCUUGCUGGGAAUAACACUCACCCUUACCGAUCAGUUAUGUAUGACGAUGUUUACUCCGAUGAAUCUAAUGGAAUAUCAGCAGGUAACUCGUUCGUCAUUAGUUCCAAUGCUCCAAAUUCAACUGCAACUAUGGCGUCACCCUUGUCACCAACUCAAAGUAAUACUAAUGGGGGGCCAGCAAAUGCAAAAAUGCCUCACUAUUACUUCAAUAAGUUGAAGUCGACAGUACAGGAUCAUCUCCCAAUCACUUCAUCAUCAUUGAUAACAGACGAAAUGGGGGUAGCAAAAAAGUCAAACAGAAUUAAAAGCAAAAUCACUAGUAGGUUUUCAGACAACUCAGCUCUGCAUUAUACCCCAGCUGAUGUGGAGACUCUUGAUUUGGAUCUAUUCAUUAAACUGUAUAUCCAAGGUUACACUUUGAUCCGAUUAUUCAUUGGUGUUGAUAUCAACGGAGCUCCCUUAAGGGCAGAUAAUCUGACAUCAACGAAAAAGAGAAGGAAUGGUGAUGUAUCUCUGGGAGAUUCAUAUCUUAAUGGUAAUGGCCACAACCAUCGUGAGCAUCUUCCAAUUUCCAACAGAAGAGAAGCUCAAGCAGGAGAUUUUUUAAAAAAGAAUGAUAAAAACUAUCAGUUUGUCAGUUUUAAGCAAAAGAUGGCAAGCCGUAUGGCAUUAAUGCAAGGAACUACAGGUCUUAUGACACCUCAACCUGUUUAUAAUGGUGGCCACAUCCCAUACUUGCUGCCACGUGUAAGAGGUUACGGAUCAUCUGCUUCUCUUUUGGAUUCAAGCAUAUAUUCAAGGGGUUUAAUGAAGUUUGGUUUAAGGACAAAGAAGUUCAAGCCUAUUGCUAAUGAAUCGCAAGCAUCGUUGAAUUCGUCAGCACCUUCAUCAGUAAUGGGUAUUCCUCCAGUUCAAGUGCCAUUGGAGGCAGACAUAGUUGAAGUGAAGGAACCAGAAUCGUUAGAGAAUUCUGUGGCAGUUGACAACUUGCUUCAAAUUUCACCUUUUGAAGAUCCCACAAAGGAAGGACCUCAAAAAUUAAGCACUUCAAGAGGAAUGCAACCACAAUGUGUGGCUAAUAGGGAAUAUGAUAUAAAUAAUCCAGAGUGUUUUGUUCUGUAUCUCAAUAGGCGAAACUCAUGGCCCACAGUUGAAAGACACGGAGGAAACUUGAAUCAAAUUGCCUUAGAGAGAAAUAAUUUGAGGAAGGAACUAGGCGAUGAAGGCUUAUUACAGGAGCAAGUCAAAUCCGCCUUAACGUCGUCAGCAUCAUUUUGUCAAUUAAAAAGAAAUGCUCUGUUCCUGUUGGUUGAAGCAUACGUGAACUCAUCGUUUUCAAUUGUUCAAGAAGAUAUGUUUAAUCCUCAAAGAUUUUUUGACGAUUACAUUGAGACACUUUCUGUGAUCACCAAAGUGGACGAAAUAAAAUCUUUACUUACUCAUGAGAGUAAAAGAAACACCGAAAUACUUUUACCUGAAGGAAUAGGAGGAUUUAGGCGUAAACUGGAAUUUCAACCAAAUAUUGAGAGUAUUCAAGAAGAGGCUAAUUCUCCCAAGCUCGUAAGGAGCAAUGUAGAUCAAGGAGUGAUCGAAUCGGUUGAUGAAGAAGAUCUGGGUGCUGUUGUUCCAUUGAAGACGAAGAAGAAUUCUGAAGUUGAAAUUCCAAGUGGUUACGACGUUGAAGAUUAUCCACUGAAUGAUUUGAUUCGCCAGUAUUAUAAGCAGUUGAAUUAUGAAUUGGUGAAGACCAAUCAUUCAUACAGUGCUAUGCAACAACAGAAAAAUAAGGUGAUGGAUGACGAGAUUAUGUUCAAAUUAGAGUUUCAAUUAAAGAAUUUGAAAUCGACAAUUGAUCGAUUAAUUUAUGAAACUCGGAUAUUGAACAGACGUAUUGGCGAAUUACAAGAAAACUCAAGCAUCAUUCGUCAUAAGGUGAGCGAUGAGAUAAUGAUUGAGAAAUAUUCAUCACUCGUUAAUUCAUUGGUGAAAUCUUCAAAGUUUUACACUGUUUUCAACAGUGACGAGAGGGCCGAUUUGAUUUCCAAAUUGAAAAUUGAAAAUAAGGUUAUCAUUCAAGUUGAUGGUGAGACUUCACCACGUGGUUUUGAAACAGGAUUAAUCGGAUUAUUUGGGAUGUUGGUUUACGAGAUGUUUGUAUUAUUGUUUCUGAUAUUUCAGUUUGACCGACUGAAGAUGAAUUUAGAUCGAAUCAGACAUUCAUGGGCCAAAUUAGAUCCCAAUAGAAAAAUCAUUAACCAUAUCUACCAAUUAAUUGGCCGGGCUCCCUCAAGGGUACCGAUGACAAAAUCGUCACUGAGUGACAACUAG